UGUUUUUCUCCGUACAAGAAGUUAAAAGUUCCUUUUCCGUUUCAUAACCGGGCGCUGUUGAGCACGCGUAUCGCGUAUUGGAUUUUCUACAUUAGAUUAAAAUAUCGUUUCUAUAAUAUUGUGGCUGAAUAAAGGCAGCGAUAAUGAAACCCAUUCUUCUGCAGGGCCAUGAGAGGUCCAUCACUCAGAUAAAAUACAACAGAGAGGGAGAUCUAUUGUUCUCAGUAGCCAAGGAUACAAUUACCAAUGUUUGGUACUCGGUCAAUGGAGAAAGGCUUGGCACUUACAAUGGUCACACUGGUGCCGUUUGGUGUGUGGAUUGUGACUGGGAUACCAAGAACGUCUUGACUGGAUCUGCUGAUAACAGCUGCAGACUCUGGGACUGUGAGACAGGAAAGCAGCUAGCUCUGCUGGAGACCAGCUCAGCGGUGAGAACGUGCGGCUUUGACUUCAGUGGGAACAUUAUAAUGUUUUCCACAGACAAACAGAUGGGCUACCAGUGCUUUCUCAAUUAUUUUGACCUUCGAGACCCUCAACAAAUUGAGGACAACCACCCAUAUCAGUCCAUACCCUGCAGUGAAUCAAAAAUCACAAGUGCAGUGUGGGGUCCACUGGGACAGUUUGUGAUCGCUGGCCAUGAAAAUGGAGAAAUCAACCAGUUUUGUGCUAAGACAGGAGACAUUCUGAAGACUGCAAAGGAACACACCAAGCAGAUUAAUGACAUCCAGUCAUCUGUGGAUCUCACAAUGGUCAUCAGUGCUUCCAAAGACUGUACUGCUAAGUUGUUUGACUCCACAACACUUGAACACAUCAAAACCUUUAAGACAGAGCGACCUGUUAACUCUUCAGCCAUCUCACCCAUCAUGGACCAUGUGGUUAUGGGAGGUGGUCAGGAGGCUAUGGAAGUCACAACCACUUCUACUAGGAUUGGCAAAUUCGAGGCCAGGUUUUUCCAUGCAGCCUAUGAAGAAGAGUUUGGGCGUGUGAAAGGACAUUUCGGCCCUAUCAAUUGUGUGGCAUUCCACCCAGAUGGGAAAAGUUACAGCAGUGGAGGAGAGGAUGGUUAUGUCAGAAUUCAUUACUUCGAUCCCCAUUACUUCGAUUUUGAGCUUGAGGUGUUGUAGCUCCGGAUACCACCUGCAUUCAACAAAACUUCUGUAACAUCUGACAUUACACAAGGCUGAUCAUGCAGGCAGCAUUUUAUACGAUCACCUUCAUACAGAUAUUGCAUUUGAUGCAGUGUGUAUUUAAUGAAUUUAACAUAUAAAUGGGAUUGUUUUGUAAGUGCUUGACUAUUAACAAAGAAUAGAUUGUACACACAAUCACUGUCAAAACAAAUAUUAUAAUACAUGCUGAAAUGGUUGGACAAGUAGAGCGCAUCAGUGCCAGUCCACUUUUACAGUGUCUUGGUUCCAGAGUUGUUAUUUUUUCUACAUGGGAAUUUCAUAAAAUCCAGAUUUUAAGCCAUGAACCAAACAAACCAGCUCUGAUAUGAAUCACAACAUUACAAAUUUUAAUUUGAAGCAAAAUAGUAUUUGAAAAUCGGACAGACAAAUAAAAGGUACAAGACUGUAUUUAACGUCUUUCAUCAGGGAGUGAUCUGCAAUCCCAAGAAGCAUCGCAAAUGUCUAAUUAAACUAUGGGAGAAAAUGUCUAGUACAUUGCAAAAUAUUCUGAUAUUUACAACUAUAUAAGCAGUUUGAGAGUGUAGAGAGAUGACAUGAUUGCGUCAUCGAAUGAGCGGUUGCAGCGGAGCUCUUUUCGACAAGGUUGGUUUACUGCGACUCUCUAGCGGCUCUUUCUCUUAAGGAUCAUUGGUAGUGUAUUGAAUAAUAUCAGGAUUUGUUAAACACCUUUCAAUAAAAUAAAAUAACAGAUGGCUUGAACAGCA